AAAAUUCCAAAACUAUCUUCUUUAGCAUUACCUCAAAUAAAUAUAAAUGAGAAUCCUCAAGAAGAAUUUUCUUCAAUAUCAUCUAAUUUAAAUAUCAAUUAUAAUUCACAGGAUGAUACUCAACUUGAUAUAUUUGAUGAUAGGAAUAAAAUU